UAAUGGCAUCUAUAGAUACUCUUUUGCCCUUUGUGUAUAUCUGUUUCUUUCUUUUCUCUCCAAGCUUGGGAAAAGUACUUAAUAAUAAUCCAAUCAAGCAUCUUCAAGGUUGUCACAAAGGGGACAAAGUGCAAGGCCUCCAUAAACUCAAACUAUACCUUGCCAAAUAUGGUUACCUAAAUUACCAAAACAGCCCUGACCACACCAAUGCCGACGAAUUUGAUGAAGAGCUUGACGCCGCACUAAAAAGUUACCAAAACUUUUACCAUCUCAACGCUACUGGGGUGCUAGAUGAGAACACCGUUUCACAAAUGCUUGUACCGCGUUGUGGACAUCCCGAUAAGAAAAUUCAUCAACACGGGACAAAAUUGUUGCAUACUGUGUCUCAUUUUCAAUUCUUCGCAAAUGAACCUAAAUGGCCCCCAAGUAAAUCGCAUCUCACCUAUGCAUUCGACUCCGACUAUCCAAAUAAUUAUAUACCGCCUGUUGAUCGUGCCUUCAAUACAUGGGCUACUUCUUCUAACUACUUCACAUUUUCUAGAGUCAGUGAUAUUAAUGGAGCAGAUCUAAAGAUUGCAUUCGAAAGCCCACAACAUGGAGAUGUAGACUUUGAACUGAAUGAUUUGGCGCAUGCAAAUCCGCCACCAGGUGGAAGGUUUCAUUACAAUUCGGCUAUUCCUUGGUCAGUUGGACCAAGACCAGUUCGAAAUCAUUUUGAUUUAGAGACCGUGGCGCUUCAUGAAAUAGGACAUCUACUUGGGUUAGAUCACAGUCAAUAUCGAGACGCGGUAAUGUUUGCUUCCAUCAAUGCAGGAAUUGUCAAAGGUUUGAACUUUGAUGAUAUCCAAGGAAUCAAAGUUUUGUAUGGACUUAAUUAGUCUAGUGAUCGAUGAUUCCAGUCCAAGUCCGGAAGACAAUGUCAAAAAGUCAUCCUAGCUAAUAAAUUAUUGUUACACGCAUAUUUUCUUUAUGUUUACCAAAGUCUUUGCUUAUACCUUUA